AUGCUGAAGAUUGAGAGUGCCAAUUUAGAGAUAAGCAAUGGACCCUGGGCAUCUAGCACAGAACUUGAUCAACAUGUGAAUUUAUCGAAUUUAAGAUAUAUCUUUGAAGAUUUUCCUUUCAUCCCAAUCCAUUUUUAUGAAACAUUGAUGGAAAUCAAAGUUCUGAAUAGUAUCGAUGCAUUCUGCAAAGUUGAACUACCACUUACUAGUCAUUGCAACACGGACGAUUUAAUCAACAAGAUGAUCAUAUUGUGUGAAGUUUUGAUGUCUCUUAAAAACACCAUCAAACAAGGCAUCAACAGGAUUGAAUUUUUAAAUUCUUCGGUUGAAGAAAAAACCACUACACCAUCACCUACACAAGUACUUGAAUCCAAACCCUCUUCCGGAAAUAUCCAAGAGCCUUCAAGUACUAUUAAUGGUGGUAGCAGUCCAGUAGUUUAUGAUGCAUCGAGGUCUUCUGUUGCAGAAUUAAGACGAUUAUCUACUUUAUCAAGCAAAAAAGACUUAUCCAACCUACAAAUUCCCACAAUAACGGAAAAUGCAGAAGACGUUGCUGGUUUAAGAGGCCGUAUUAGAUUACAAAAAACAGAGGGCAAACGUAGUUCACGUAAUUGGAUGGAUCAACAAAGAAAAAAUCUUCAAGCAUACGAAUACUUAUGUCACAUUGGUGAGGCUAAAGAGUGGAUCGAGGCUUGUAUUGCAGAAGAAAUUGAUCCAAUUGUGUUAUUGGAGGAAAGUUUAAGAAAUGGAAUAGUUUUGGCUAAAUUAGCAAAAUCCUUUGAGCCAUCAGUUGUUCGAAAAAUAUUUAUGGCUCAAAAAUUACAGUUCAGGCAUUCAGACAAUAUCAAUUAUUUCUUUGCCGCUAUAAAAAAAAUAAGAUUACCUUUGAUUUUUUGGUUUGAAUUAACUGAUUUAUACGAAAAGAAAAAUAUCCCCAAAGUAAUUUAUUGUAUACAUGCUCUGAGUCAUUUAAUGUCAAGAAGAGGAUUAACACCUCGUAUUAAAAAUUUAGUGGGAAAAUUAGAAUUCACUGACGAACAAUUACAUCAUACACAAAGAGGAUUGGACGCAUUGGGUGUGGCAAUGCCAAGUUUUGCAAAUGUUGGAGUUGCGCUGGCAGCGGAAUUGAAUGAGCCUAUAAUUGAAAAUGAGCCUGAACCACCUACUGAGCCACAUGAAUCUGAAGAAGAAAAAAGCGCAAGAUUUUGGGAAGAAAAUAAAUCAACUAUUAUUAAAUGCCAAUCAAUUGUUCAAACGCAUUUAGCUCGCAAGCAAUUAUUAAACCGUAGAAUGUUGCAUCAGCAAUCAUUGCCAUUCACCAUCAAACUUCAAUCACAAAUUCGUGGUUUAUUGAUUAGGAAUGAAUUACAUCAACGUAUUAAUGAGAUGCGUGAAUUAGAGUCAUGGGUUGUUAAGGUGAAUAAAUCGAAAUAUUUUGAAAAAAAUAUCGACAAAAUCAUUAAAAUACAAAGUUUAUAUCGCGCCAAACAUGCUGGCGAUGCUUAUAGAAGUUUAACAAUGGGCAAUAACCCUCCCAUCGGUACGAUUAAAAAUUUUAUUCAUCUUUUGAAUGAUAGUGAUUUUGAUUUUGAAGAGGAAAUCGAGUUAGAACAACUUCGACAAGCAGUAAUUCAACGCAUAAGAGAAAACAAUCAAUCGGAAGAAUUGUUAAAUCAAUUGGACAUAAAAAUUGCUUUAUUAAUAAAAAACCGUAUUACAAUAGAUGAGGUUAUUGCAAUUGCUAACCCGAAAAAACGUAAUAAGCGUUUAUCACGACUUAAUUUGCCUUCGGGUCCGUUCUCCUUACAAUCAUUAGAUAAAGAGUCGAGACGUAAACUUGCAUUGUAUCAACAAUUAUUUUAUAUAUUACAAACUCAACCAAUUUAUCUGGCAAAACUGUUUUUUAUUUUAAACAAAACUAGUUUUCCUGAAAAAACAAAAAAGCUGGUCGAAGGUGUUGUUUUAACAUUAUUUGGAUACGCACAAAAUUCAAGAGAGGAGUUUUUAUUGUUGAAACUUUUCCAGAAAAGUAUGAUGGAGGAAUUAGAAAAUAUUGAUUCGUUGCAAGAAUUUUUAAGAGGAAAUUUUAUGUUUAUGAAGUUAGUAGUACAUUAUAAUCGUGGAGCAAAAGAACGCAAAUUUCUAAGGGAUUUGUUGAGACCAUUGGUGGAACAAAUAAUGAAUGAUGAUAAAAUAGAUCUUGAAACAGAUCCAUUAAACCUCUAUAAAAAUCUUAUCAAUUUAGAAGAACUUAAAACAGGAUUACCAUCAAAGAGGCCUACUAAUAUUGAAUUUCAAGAAGCAUUAAAUGAUCCAGAAACAAGGACGGUUUUCAUACAUCAUUUACAAAGAUUAAGAAAAGAGACGGAAACCUUUUUAACAACAAUCACCAAUUCUAUUGAAAAAAUGCCAUAUGGCAUCAGAUAUAUUUCCAGAGAAUUGAAAAGAGCUUUAAUGAAUAAAUUUUCGGAUGAAACAGAAGAUGCUGUAAUGAAAGUUAUUGGCCAUUUGAUUUAUUAUCGCUAUUUAAACCCUGCAAUUGUAGCACCUGAAGGAUUCGAUAUUAUAGAAACUGUUGUUAGUCCAAUGCAACGCAAAAAUUUGGCAGAAAUUUCGAAAAUGCUCAACCAAAUAUCAGUUGGAAGAUUAUUUGAUGAUGAUAACAUGUAUUUACAACCAUUAAAUGAAUAUGUGACUUACGCUGCAGAUAGAUUUUCUAAGUUUUUUAAAUCUGUUACAGAAAUUGAGGAUCCAGAAACAUUUUUUGGUAUCGAUGAAUUUAAUGAUUUAACACGCACCAAUAAACCGAUAAUUUAUAUUUCGCCAAAUGAAGUAUUUUCCAUACAUAAUUUAUUAGUUCAACGUAUUGAUGAUAUUGCACCAGAUCACUAUGAUAUGAUAAGGCAAAUUAUACAUGAAUUAGGUGAUUUACCACCAUUGCCGGAUGAUGAUGAUUCAUUUGAUCCGAACACAAAAGAGAUUGCAUUAACAUUGACAAGCAGAUUAUCGUUGAAAACGAUCAACGGAGAAGACUCAGAAAUUAAGCAUUUAUUUGUUGAAACAAAACGAUAUGUAUUGGCAAUUAUGAAAGUACAAAAUGGUAAAAAUUUAUUGGAUAUUUUAGUUAAAGCGGUUACAUUAGCAGAUGAAAAGACUUACGAAGAAUUCAAAAUGAAAUUUUUAGACCUAAAAAAACUGACAUUACAUAAUAUAUUGAAAUUAGAGAAUGGAGGUAUAAUUACAAGAAAAAAUGAUUACCAAGAUAUAUUAAAUGCCAUCGCUACAGAUAUCAGGAAUAAGCAUAGAAGAAGGAUACAAAGGCAAAAAGAGUUAAGGCAAUUGAAACAAACAUUAAUUAACUUAGAAGAGAAGAGAUCUCACCUUGAUGAGCAAAUAAAAACCUAUAAUGACCACAUUGACGUUUGUAUGCAACAAUUAUCUACAAAGAAAGGCAAAAAAACCCGGUUGGUUUUGCCAUUUACUCGUCAAUACUUUCAUAUACGAGAGUUACAAAGGUCAGGAAGAGUGCCAAAAUUUGGGUCUUACAAAUACACAGCUCAAAAAUUAUACGAGAAAGGUGUGCUGUUAUCAAUUUCUGGCUAUUCAAAUUUUGACAAAUUAAGCCUUACAAUUUCAUCUGAUGAAUUGGGAAUAUUUAAAAUUGAAGUAUCACUUAGCGGGAUUAAUCUACCAGGUGCAAACAUGGAACUAAGAUUAGAAGAUCUAUUACAAAGUCAAUUUAAUAAUAGUCAAGUAAUGAGCUUGUUUGAUGGUAUAGCUAAAGUCAAUCAUGUACAUAUUAAUUAUAUCAUUAAAAGGAUUUGA